AUGGCCGGUGGCGUGCAUAACAAACGCCACCCAUCGGGGCCAGCCUUGGCGAAAACAAACGAAGGGGGAGAAAGCAGAUCGGCGCCGGCGGCGACUGCGCUGAUACGUACUAUCCACAGGCCGACUCGGAGCGUGGGUGUUGUCUUCCACCGGAGCAUAUACACACAUAAAUAUGGGGCGCCUGAGCUUCUACCAAAUCACGUCAAUUUCGCUGGACGCCAUUUGCCAGUGCACAUCCUCAUGUCGAUGAAGAUCACCGAUGUCAAUAUGGAAACAGACGCGCUAGCAAAUCACAUCAAUCUCUUGCCAAUGCAUAGCCUGAACAGCUCGAUGAAGGCCACCGAUGUCAAUAUGGAAAUAGAGGCGCUAGCAAAUCACAUCCGUCUCACACGAAGAGGAGAGGGGGAGGGUACGGAUGUGGGGAACAAGAAGACCAAGAAGAAGAUUUUCCGUGUGCCCCAGGAGGAGCUGGAUGACAUACUUUCGUUUCAGCUGCCGCCCGCUUGGCCGUCUCUGGGUAAACGCUGUCCGUCACUCGUUGGCGAGUUGGAGAAGAUGAAGGAAAGCUUUUUGGCCGAGCGGGAGAAGAUGAGGCGAGAGUACCAGAUCAUGGGCUACGCCACGUAUGAAGCAGAGGUCACCGAUGAUGAUGAUGAUGAGGAAGACACAUUGGUGGCGAUUCCAGCGGCGACAUCUUUUCACGGGGAGAAGGACGAUGCAGCAGCUACAUCUUCUCCUUGGAUUAUUCCACGGGGAAGAGGCCGAAAAAGAUUUCGCCCGGGAGUUGUCAAGCAAGCAAGUGGCGUUAAGAAAAUAACUUAGGCCUGUUGGAUUAGUUUUAGUUGUUGGAUUAGUUUUAGUUUUAGUUUUUUGGUGUGUUUCAUUUUUUGGUGUGUUUUAGUUUUAGUUGUUGGAUUAGUUGUACCGCAGUUUAUGGUACUGUAUUCUGUCAUGUAGUAUAACUUAGGCCUAGACUGUGCAGUGAUGUGUACACUGAUCUUAACUGACGUGCAAUCCAUGUAUUAGGGUGAUUGUUGCUGUGAGGGUU